CAGCCCAAGAAUCAAUUUUGAAAGCUUGUUGUCAAAUAAUUUAUUAUACUAGAACAAAAAAUGGGUAGAUCCAGAUCUAGGAGCCGUUCCCCCAGGAAACACCAUAAAAGCAAGCACCACAAGCGUAGCAGAUCGCGAGAUAGGUCCGAGAGAAGCGCCAGUAUCCAAGCGAGACACAAAAGCAGCGACAGGAUCGACAGGGGCGACAGAAAGUCGAAAGAUAAGUCGUUGAGAGUUAGGAAACGUUCGGACUCGCAAGGUUCCUCUUCGAGCAGCGAUAUUUCCAUCGAAUUAAGCAAAAAUGAUCGGCACUCCGGCCCCAGGAAAGUUAGGUACCGGAAAACGGACGAGGUGGAAAGACUGGCGGAAAUGGAGCGGCAGCGGCGCCAAAGGGAGGCCGAACAGAAACUUAUUGAAGAGGAGACGGCGAAGCGUAUCGAGGAGAUGGUGAAAAUGCGGGUGGAGGAGGAGCUGCAGAAACGCAAGGAGGAGAUAGAGCGUGAGGUGAACAAGCGGGUCGAGGAGGCGAAGAGGAUCAUGGAGAAGCAGAUGAUGGAAGAUCUGGAGAGGCGCAGAGAGAAGCAGAGAGAAGAAGAACGCAAGAGGGAGGAGGACGAGAGGCGUAAACAUGAGGCGGUCGAGAGGAUCCUCGAGGAGAACCAGAGGAAGAUCGAGGAGGCUCAGAAGAAAUUGGCCGAAGAGAGGCUCGCGAUGGUGGAGGAGCAGCGUAAGAUCGACGAGGAACGGCAGCGGCUCAGGAAAGAGCAGGAGAAACGGACUAAGGAGGAGCAAAAAAAGAUCCUCGGCAAGAACAAUUCGCGACCCAAGCUGUCGUUCUCUUUGCGGCCGGUAUUGUAGUGCGCGUGUGCGGUCUCACUUAACCGUCGUCGUUCUUUUUUUUUUUAUACUUCAGUGACACGCAUUCCACCUACAAGUAAUUUGUAUAUUGUGCGGGACUCCGAGGGCGGGUGUACAUAAUAAAAUUUUAUAUGGC